AUUAAUACAUUCAGCGCGGCAAUAGUCAACGAUCGCAGCAGCGAUAAGCUAACUGCACAUAUGGGAGCCAAACGGAAAUUUAAUAAAAAUUGAAACCAAUUGAAAUGUGUUUGCUUAUUAAAUUAUUGUGUUGUGCUAAAUAAAAGUAAAAGUAAUGUGAAUUCACACAUUCCAUGCGUUCUAUUACAUUCUGCCGCUGAAUGGAAAUCGCUGACGACGUCUUGAACGACAGCUAACGGCAGCGCCAUUUCGAAUUUCACUGUUCUUAUUGAAGGACAUUCUAACAAUUUUUUCCUUUAAGUUCUGUUAUUUAUGUUUAAACAAUAAUUGUUACUAAACUGACGUAGUGCUUAAGAUAAACAACAGACGCCAAUUCAAGAAAUUACGCCACUUUCAAUAAAUUAAUGGUGAAAAAAUCGAUAUAAGGUGGUGUUGAAAAAAUAAAAUGAGCUCCAAUGGCGAUGUUGAUAAUGUGCGUGUGGCGGUACGUAUACGGCCACUUGUGCCUUCGGAACGAGAUCGUGGUUGUCAGGAGGCUGUUGAGCGUGUCGGUGAUUCUUCACAGGUGAUUGUGAAUCGCUCAGACACAUUUACCUUCAAUUAUGUAUUCGAUACGCGUGAUACACAAGAAUAUAUUUAUGAAGUGAUCGUUACGGGUUUGUUGGACAAAUUCUUCUCAGGAUUUAAUGCCACAAUACUUGCCUAUGGCCAGACUGGUUCUGGCAAAACACAUACUAUGGGUACGGCUUUUGGUGGAGAAUUGGAUGAAAAUGCAGGCGUUAUACCACGCAUUAUGCGCGAUAUAUUUGAGCGCAUCAAGAAUUUAGCCAAUGAAUGUGACUUUGUGGUGAAGUGCUCGUUUAUGGAAUUGUAUCAAGAGCAAUUGUAUGAUUUAUUAUCAGAUCAACCACGCGAACAGGCUGUUGUGGAAAUGCGCGAGAAUCGCAAUGGCGUUAUAAUGCCAGGCCUCACAGAAAUGCUGGUGUCCUCAGCAGGCGAAACAACCGACUGCUUGCUGCGCGGCUCCUCGGGACGUGCUGUUGCAGCUACUGCCAUGAAUGAGCAGUCAUCGCGCUCGCAUGCAAUUUUCACAAUCACCGUGGAGGCUACCAAAAAGGAUGAGAUGCGCACAGUAACAACUUCGAAAUUCCACUUGGUCGACUUGGCGGGUUCGGAGCGUUCAAAGAAAACGCAAGCCACGGGUGAUCGUUUCAAAGAAGGCGUUAAAAUUAAUCAGGGUCUGUUAGCGUUGGGAAAUGUUAUAUCAGCACUUGGUUCUGGUCAAGGUUCGGGUUUCGUGCGUUACCGCGACUCCAAGCUGACUCGUCUGUUGCAAGACUCCCUUGGCGGCAAUUCGAUCACACUAAUGAUAGCCUGCGUCAGUCCGGCAGACUACAAUGUCGCCGAGACGUUAAGUACCCUACGCUAUGCAGACCGCGCGCGUAAAAUCAAAAAUAAACCAAUCGUUAACCAAGACCCACAUGCUGCAGAGAUCAAUCACCUCAAGAGCAUCAUACAAAAGUUACGCGUUGAACUCCUGGCUGCCAACGGCGGCACCACUCAAAUGAGCAGCUCAUUAAAUGGCGCAUUACAGAAUAUACCAGCACCACCAGGCGCCGCCACUGCCAUUGUAAACACAAGUGGUGAGAUGAUUAAGAAAUAUCAAAUACUCCAGGACAAAUACCACACCUUGCAACAACAGUUCCAGGCGACACUGCACGAUGUUGCUGAGCAUGAAAUGCGUGCACACAUUACCGAGGAAGCGCAUGAGAAACUCAAGUUGAAAAUGGCUGAGCUUAAAGGCAUUGCAAAUGAGUUGGGCAGCAGCUACAAAGUAAAUGCAACGCUGGAAGAGCAAGAAAACACUGCUGAGCGCAUUAAACAAUUAAAUCAAUUGGUCGAUGGCCUCGACGUGGAACUGGAGCGCACACAAACCGAAAUUGAGAAUCACAAACGUGAAACUCUUAAUGGCAGUGUUGGCAGCGGCGACGAUGAAGAUGCCAGUAGUGCGCUGCUGGAGGUACGCUCGCAAAUGCAGGAACAGGCUGAUGCCUAUACCACCAUACAGAUGGACUACAAAGAUCAAUUGCGACGCAUUAACCGCGAAUUGAACCUCAAAGAGGAGCUGCAUCAACGUGUUGCUGGUAAUUUAGUGAAAUUCUGUACGCUGGAAGAUAACACCGAAGAGAAGUUCAAGGAAUGUGAGAAGAAGAUACAAGAGCUAGAAGAUGAGAGAAAUCAAUUGCUGGACAAACUACGGCAUGUGAAAGAAAAUGCCUCGGCUAAAUUGGCAGAGGAACGGCGCAAGCGUCUGCAGACGCUCGAACAUGAGAUUAGCGAUAUGAAGCGUAAGAACACACAACAAGCAAAAUUGUUGAAAGUGCGUGAAAAGGAGACGCAAAAGAUACAGAAUCUACACACUGAAAUACAAGCCAUGAAAGAAUCUAAAGUGAAACUGAUACGCGCAAUGCGGCAAGAAUCGGAGAACUUCCGUCAGUGGAAAAUGUCGCGCGAGAAAGAGUUGAUACAGUUGCGCAACAAAGAUCGCAAACUAAAGAACGAAAUGGCGCGCAAGGAGGCGCUGCACACCAAGCAACGCAACGUCUUGAAACGCAAGUGUGAGGAGGCACUUGCCAUCAACAAACGACUCAAGGAUGCUCUCGACCGACAGCGUGUGGCCCAGUCGCAGCGGCAGAAACCACAAACGGCCAAAGAUGCAAAUGCGGCUAGCAAUAAGAUUGAGCAGGUCAUCUCUUGGGUGGAGCGUGAAUUAGAGGUAAUUGUAACGUUCAUCGAUGCAGAACAUUCGCUAGAACAGUUAAUGGAAGAUCGCGUGAUCAUUAGCACUCGCAUUGCGGAACUACAAAAGCAAUCGCCGGAAGCGGGCAGUGGCACAGCCCAGGAAUUGGACACACUGCGCGAGGAUCUCGAGAUGCGCAAUGCACAGAUUACCGAUUUGCAGCAGAAGGUCUGCACCAUCGAUCUCGAGGCACGCAUGCGCAGUCUGGCCGAGGGCAUACAAAGCGUCCCGGAGGCACGUGCCGUACUACGCAAAGUACUCAAAUCGAUUUCCGAUAUGCGACGCGAACAUGCCGUACGUAUGCAGGAGCAAAAGAUCGCUUUGGACGAGCAGAUUGCGCUGCGUGAGGCCGCAGAGCAAACGAGUACAGUAGCAGCGAAACGUAUGCGCCUAAUGGAGUUGGAACAUGAAGAGGCCAUAGCCGAACGUGAGAACACGUAUGAAGAGAAGAUAGCUGUGCUGUUGAGGGAAUUACAUAAUGCGCCACAGUUGGCAGUGGGCACCGGUGAUACGCUAACGCCGGAACAGGAGGAGCGUUUGAAAAUCCAAGAGGAGCAAUUGAACAAAAUGGACACAUUGCGCGAAGAAUUGGAAUACUAUAAGAAUUUGGUUGGUGAACUGCAGCAGGCGGUGCAAGCGAAGGGUACACGCAAAAAAGAGGUUUUCAAGAAGCAGGUAAUUAAACAGGAAACCAUUGAGACUGAUGAUAACGGUGAUGAGUAUGAUGCCAUAUCGCUUUCGAGUGAACCCGAUUUUGAUGACUCUGAUGAUCCGGAUUGGGCCAAAACGCCAGGCUAUAAACGUAGAACUCGACACCCCCGUCUCACUACUAGCCGGAACACCAGCAACACCACCGAAAAUGAUACAUUCACCACAGCUACAAGUCAUCCCGAACGCAAGCAAACCAUCAGCAGCAAGCGUAAGUUGGGCGGUUGUAAGUGUCGCCUGGAUUGCAAAAACAAGCGUUGCGGUUGCUUUUCACUUGGUGAUAAAUGCUCGUCGAAAUGCCAUUGUAGCGACGCUUGUAAAAAUGGUAAACAAUCCUCGGACAAUGAUGACAAGGAGAACGACGAGUCUGGUGGUAGCGAGGAUAAUGAGCAGAGUGCACCGCAAGCCACCGCUGAACGCUCCUUGGAACGUACACCGCCGAAAGUGAACACAAGUACCGGUAACAAUGACGUAAGCAAAGAUGCUGAAUCUACUUUUGCGAAGCCCACCAACCCUGCGUAUCUCACACCGAAAAUGGCCAGAUUAUCCACGAUAUCCUUCGAUUUGCCUUCAGCCAAGAAGAAAUUCUUCGAGUGAAGAAAAAGAGUGUCAAAUACAAAAACAAAAACAUAAAAAAAAUUGUAAAAGACUAAAUUUAUUACAAAAGUGCGCAUAUUUUAGGCGAGCGUGUAGACAAAUGUAAUUUAAUUCAUUCAUUAACGGAGUUAGAUGGGUUUCGAAAUUUCAAAAUUUGAAAAAUUUAAAAAUUUGUUUUUUUCUUAUUAAUUGGUGCAAUGUGUUUCAAAAAAUUAUCCAAAACUUAAAAUAGUAAUAUAAAAUCAACCCGAGUAAUAUUCUAAGAGAUAUACACUUUGGAAGUUCCGCACAUCAGGUUGAAUGUAAAACUUUAAACGCGAUUAUCUCAAAACUAAAUGUUUCAAGUCGUUGGAUACGAUUUCUCGAAAAGUUGUAAAGCGAUUUCGUUCAAAUUUCGCACACAACUUUAGAAUAACAUUAUCUAGUUUUUGAAGGAAGAAUUUUUUUUUAUUCUUAUUACAACUAUUUUUUUUUUCAAGCCAAUAUAUGCCGAAAAAUUGAUAUAAAAUUUAGGUUUUUUGGUUAAAAUUCUGUUAACAUUCAAAUUUCAAUAUUUUAUUCUUGCCUUCGUUCUUUAACUAGAAUUAUUCAUGUACUAUCGAAAUAUUUUUGGUUUAUAGUUUUUAGUUGAACCAAUCAUGAGUUAUGUUGUCCACCACGAGAAUCUUUUUGUGUGGGCAUAUCAUGGGAGUUUCUGAGUUUUCGGAAUUUUUCAAUAAAAAUUUCACAAAAUACUGUUUAAACAUGUAUCUUUGAUACCCUGAAUUGUUUAAAUGAAAUAUAUGUUUGUAUAUAUUAAAAAAAAAAAUAAAUUGUUUUUUGCCACUGAAACCCACCUAACCCCUCAAACGCAUUCAAAACAUUCUACGUCAUGAGUACAUAAUUUUCAUU